CGGAAGUGCUUGAAUCAGGUCGAGAUGGUGAACCCGGGACUCACGCUCUGUUAAGGUUUCCCAAAAAUAAAGACAUGAAAAAGCAGCGGGAGACAACUGUGCGACGGGAAGGGUUUUCUGCUACUCCGUCAUCCAUGCUCUGCAGUGAACACUUCAGAACGGAGGAUUUUGACAGAACAGGUCAGACAGUCAGGAUCAGAGAGGGAGCUGUUCCUUCAGUCUUCAGUUUCCCAGCUCAUCUCCACCGGUCAGGUCAAUGCAAAUAUGGGGAGGGUGAGGAAGAGGAACGUAGCCACAGAUGGAGAGCCUCGCUCUCAGAAGGAGGAGAAAACACCAGUUCUGGUCCGGAAGGAAAAGAAAAAAGGAAAGACCGAUAUUAGCAAGGUCUUCAUCAACAUUUCCAUCGGGUUGUGCGUUUUCAGCCUCAUCUGGUUCUUCUAUGCCUUGUACAUGCGCUCAGCUUUGGCCAGGAGAACAGUGACACUUCAUCCUUCGCCUCGGGUCUUAGAUGCCAACAGCACCACCGCUGCUGUGUCCCCUGAGAGAUUCUGGGGCUCAUAUCGGCCGCAGGUGUAUUUUGGCAUGAAAACAAGAAGUCUGAGAUCUGUCGUUACAGGCUUGAUGUGGAUGCGUCAGUUCUCUGCCAAAGGCGUUAACCUGAGGCACACAUGUGAGCAGGGGGAUAAAUUGCAAUCCUACGGCUGGUUAAUUCAUGAUGGUAUGAACUUUGGCAUGCAGCAGAUCCAAGACACCGAUUUUAGUCUCACAACGACGUUUGUGAAACGGAUGGGAGGUGAACAUGGUGGUGACUGGACAUGGAGAAUCAUAGGCAAGCAACACAGUGCUGCCCCUCAUGCUCCAGUCAUCUCAUUGAUGUUCUACGUAGCUGCAGAUACUCAGGGUUCUCUGCAAGCUCACAUAGAGAACAGGACACGCCUGAGCCAUGUUACAGGCACUUCAGAGGAACUGGGAAACUUCAAAAUCACUUUCCUCAAACCCACCAGUGGAGAGGCGUCUCCCGAUAAAUAUGCCAGCUAUAAUUACUUGCAGACACGGAGCCCUGGUCUGGACCAAUUAACAGACAUCGUGAAGAACAGCCUGAGUCACGGAUUUGCUUUUAGUCCAACCACUGCCGAGAGAAGGCUUUACAUUGCUGUGGAUACCUACACACCACCUCCGCACUUGCAACAAGAUAACCGCAUCCAGAGUGACUUUGUGGUGCACCAGGUUACUGUUCAAGUCCCCUUCCAGAUUGAGGUAUUGUUUGAGUCUGGAAGUGUCCAUGAUCGACCCAACCAGCUGAUGGGCUCGGUGCUGACUGAAGAGCUUACAAGGCUGAAGUUGUCUUACAAUAAGAAGUUUGAGGAGACAUUUGGACUUGAGGCUAAAGGGUUUACUCCAGCCCAGGUGAGGUUUGGCAAGGCUGCUUUAAGUAACAUGCUUGGAGGUAUGGGCUACUUUUUUGGACAGUCAGUGGUGCAGUCAACAUAUCACGAGCACCCUGUGCUUUACCCUUAUGGUGCACUGUUCACUGCAGUGCCCUCCCGCUCCUUCUUCCCAAGAGGUUUCCUGUGGGAUGAAGGCUUCCACCAGCUCCUCAUCCAUAAGUGGGAUCCCCAGCUGACUCGUGAGGUUGUUGCUCACUGGUUGGAUUUGAUCAAUGUGGAGGGCUGGAUCCCACGCGAACAAAUCCUGGGCGAUGAGGCACUCAGCAAGGUCCCGUCAGAAUUUGUGGUGCAGCACACUGAAAAUGCAAAUCCACCUACAUUCUUUCUACUCCUAGAGGAGUUUUUAGAGCAGGUUGAAGCACAUCUGGAUGGGCUACAAUUUCAGAAUGCUCUACCUUUCCUCCAAAGGCUGUACCCCAGACUGCAGACGUGGUUCGAGUGGUAUAACAACACUCAAGCUGGACCCUUGCCUAACUCCUACCGUUGGCGUGGAAGGGAUGAGGACACCAACCGCUUCCUCAAUCCUAAGACCUUGACUUCCGGUCUGGAUGACUACCCACGUGCAUCACACCCUUCCGAAGAUGAAAGACAUGUGGAUUUGCACUGUUGGAUGGUACUUGCAUCACGGGCCAUGACAAGCAUGGCACGACUGCUUGGGGAACCCCAUCAGGAAUAUGAGAGCAUGUAUCGGACCCUCAGCAACAACAGCUUUUUGAGUGAGCUGCACUGGUCCGAGCAGCUUCAUGCCUUUGCCGACUAUGGUAACCACACUCAGGCUGUGUCACUGCAGCAAGAAAAGAUUGUUGUGCCACCUGGUCAGAUGAGGCACCAGUUACCAGUAAAACGCCUCGUGCGGGCAGUGCGUAAAGUUCCUAAGCUUCAGUAUGUGAAUGCACUUGGCUACGUUAGUCUGUUUCCAUUCUUGCUUCACAUCCUGACACCUGACUCUCAAAAAUUAGAGUACAUUCUGAAAGACAUUCGGGAUCCUGCUCGCUUAUGGACACCGUAUGGCUUGCGCUCACUUUCCCGUUCAGAUCCACUUUAUAUGAAGCACAACACAGAGCAUGAUCCCCCUUACUGGCGUGGUGCUAUAUGGAUCAACAUCAACUACCUGGCACUAAGGGCAUUGCACCAUUACAGCAGUAUAGAGGGACCAUACAAGGAGAAGGCUGCUUAUCUCUAUCAAGAGCUCAGGACUAAUGUUAUCAACAACAUUUACAAACAGUACCAUGAAACUGGAUAUAUCUGGGAACAGUACAGUGACAGUACAGGUCGGGGACAGGGUAGCCACCCUUUUACAGGCUGGUCAGCCCUGAUUGUACUCAUCAUGGCUGAAGAGUACUGACCCCUCCACAGGUUCUGUAUUCUUGUAAUGAACGGGUACUGUUAUUUGUCUGAAAAAAAAAAAAAGUUCUGUGCUUAAUGAUAGUUAAUUGCUUGAUUGAAAAAAAAAAAUCUCUGCGUGACCUGAAAAGUAUUAUUAUUAUUUUUUUUUUAUAAUGAUGCAUUGGGGUCCUUUUAUAAAUCACACUUUCUACAAAAUGGAAUAAUGGAACUAUUUCACUUUUAAACUGUGAUUUAAUGUAAUAAAUUUCUGCUCAGCUGUAAACUGCUAUGGGACAUGUGAGUGUUUAGAAAUGCUAUAACAAAGGAACGUCAUGUCAAAGAACUACAGGUAUUUUACUUCUGGAAUUCAGGUGUGUUCAGAAGAAUAAAUCAGGAUCUACCUGCAA